GGAGUGUCUUCCCGCGCCACCCUCCACCCCCCGAAAUGUUUCUGUUUCUAAUCCCAGCCUGGGCAGGAAUGUGGCUUCCCGGCCAGGGGCCAAGGAGCUAUUUUGGGGUCUCCUUUGCCUGGGGAGGGCUUGGCUCCACCACUUGCCUCCCCCAGGCUUUGGGCAGCAGGUCACCCCUGUUCAGGCUCUGAGGGUGCCCCCUCCUGGUCCUCUCCUCACCACCCCUUCCCCACCUCCUGGAAAAAAAAAAAGUGUAAAGCAGAGAGCCUGAGGGCUAAAUUUAACUGUCCGAGUCGGAAUCCAUCUCUGAGUCACCCAAGAAGCUGCCCUGGCCUCCCACCCCUUCCCAGGCCUCAGCCCCUUUCUCCUACCCAGCCCUCAGCCCCCAGCGCCCAGCCCCCAGCGCCCAGCCCCCAGCGCCCAGCGCCCAGCGCCCAGCCCCCAGCGCCCAGCGCCCAGCGCCCAGCGCCUAGCUCUGGAGCUUGUCAGGAGCAAGGGGGUGGUUGCUACUGGGUCACUCAGCCUCGACUGGCCCCAUUUUAGUAAUGGGCAGGUUCCUCUUGGAAUCCAUCACACCUGUGGCUUCCUCUGUGCUCUACCUUUUUAUUGGGGUGACAGUGUGAGAGCUGAGAUUCUCCAUCCAUCCCCUCUAGCACUGAAGGGUUCUGAAGGGCCCUGGAAGGAGGGAGCUUGGGGGGUGGCUUGUGAGGGGUUAAGGCUGGGAGGCGGGAGGGGGGCUGGACCAAGGGGUGGGGAGAAGGGGAGGAGGCCUCAGCAGCAGAGAGAAGUGGCCAGAGAGGCCCAGGGGACAGUCAGGGACAGGCAGACAUGCAGCCAGGGCUCCAGGGUCUGGACAGGGGCUGCCAGGCCCCGUGACAGGAGGACCCCGAGCCCCCGGCCCGGGGAGGGGCCAUGGUGCUGCCUGUCCAACAUGUCAGCCGAGGUGCGGCUGAGGCAGCUCCAGCAGCUGGUGUUGGACCCCGGCUUCCUGGGGCUGGAGCCCCUGCUCGACCUUCUCCUGGGCGUCCACCAGGAGCUGGGUGCCUCCGAACUGGCCCAGGACAAGUACGUGGCCGACUUCUUGCAGUGGGCGGAGCCCAUCGUGGUGAGGCUUAAGGAGGUCCGACUGCACAGGGACGACUUCGAGAUUCUGAAGGUGAUCGGACGCGGGGCGUUCAGUGAGGUAGCGGUGGUGAAGAUGAAGCAGACGGGCCAGGUGUACGCCAUGAAGAUCAUGAACAAGUGGGACAUGCUGAAGAGGGGCGAGGUGUCGUGCUUCCGUGAGGAGAGGGACGUGUUGGUGAAUGGGGACCGGCGGUGGAUCACGCAGCUGCAUUUCGCCUUCCAGGAUGAGAACUACCUGUACCUGGUCAUGGAGUAUUACGUGGGUGGGGACCUGCUGACACUGCUGAGCAAGUUUGGGGAGCGGAUUCCGGCUGAGAUGGCGCGCUUCUACCUGGCGGAGAUUGUCAUGGCCAUAGAUUCGGUGCACCGGCUCGGCUACGUGCACAGGGACAUCAAACCCGACAACAUCCUGCUGGACCGCUGUGGCCACAUCCGCCUGGCUGACUUCGGCUCCUGUCUCAAGCUGCAGGCAGAUGGAACGGUGCGGUCACUGGUGGCUGUGGGCACCCCAGACUACCUGUCCCCCGAGAUCCUGCAGGCUGUGGGCGGUGGGCCUGGGACAGGCAGCUACGGGCCAGAGUGUGACUGGUGGGCGCUGGGUGUGUUCGCCUAUGAAAUGUUCUACGGGCAGACGCCCUUCUACGCGGAUUCCACGGCGGAGACCUACGGCAAGAUCGUCCACUACAAGGAGCACCUCUCUCUGCCGCUGGCAGAUGAAGGGGUCCCUGAGGAGGCUCAAGACCUCAUCCAGCGUCUGCUGUGUCCCCCGGAGACACGGCUGGGCCGGGGUGGAGCAGGUGACUUCCGGACACAUCCCUUCUUCUUUGGCCUCGACUGGGAUGGUCUCCGAGACAGCAUGCCCCCCUUUACACCGGAUUUCGAAGGUGCCACCGACACAUGCAACUUCGACUUGGUGGAGGACGGGCUCACUGCCAUGGUGAGCGGGGGCGGGGAGACGCUGUCGGACAUUCGGGAAGGUGCGCCACUGGGGGUCCACCUGCCUUUUGUGGGCUACUCCUACUCCUGCAUGGCCCUCAGGGACAGUGAGGUCCCGGGCCCCACACCCAUGGAACUGGAGGCCGAGCAGCUGCUUGAGCCACACGUGCAAGUGCCUAGCCUGGAGUCCUCAGUGUCCCCAAGGGAUGAAACAUCAACUACGCGAGGCAGAGGCUCGGAACCGGGACCUAGAGGCGCACGUACGGCAGUUGCAGGAGCGGAUGGAGUUGCUGCGGGCAGAGGGAGCCACAGCUGUCACGGGGGUCCCCAGUCCCCGGGCCACGGAUCCACCUUCCCAUGUAAGACCCCUCUCUUUCCCCUGCCUCAGACCUGCUGCCCACUCUACAGAUCCCCUCCCUGGCUCCUGGUCUCCCCGUCCAGAUACAGGGCUCACCCUACGUCUUUGCGACUUUGGAGGACAGAUGCCCUUCGUUCAGCCCCAGAUCUCCCUCCGUUCAAGGCUCACCAGAUUCCCUCCGGGAUCUCCCUAGAUAACCUCCCCGGCCUCGAUUCCCCUCGCUCUCUCGCCCCACUGCUGAGGGCUGGGCUGGGCUCCGAUCGGGUCACCUGUCCCUUCUCUCUCCAGCUAGAUGGCCCCCCGGCCGUGGCUCUGGGCCAGUGCCCGCUGGUGGGGCCAGGCCCCAUGCACCGCCGCCACCUGCUGCUCCCUGCCAGGGUCCCUAGGCCUGGCCUAUCGGAGGCGCUUUCCCUGCUCCUGUUCGCCGUUGCUCUGUCUCGUGCCGCCGCCCUGGGCUGCGCUGGGUUGGUGGUCCACGCCGGCCAACUCACCGCAGUCUGGCGUCGCCCGGGAGCCGCUCGCGCUCCCUGAACCCUAGAACUGUCUUCGACUCCGGGGCCCCGUUGAAAGACUGAGCGCCCGGGGCACGGCAAAGAAGCCGCGCCCACCGCCUGCCAGUUCACACCGCUCCGAGCUUGGGUCUCCGCCCAGCUCCAGUCCUGUGAUCCAGGCCCGCCCCCUAGCGGCUGGGGAGGGAGGGGCCGGGUUCGCGGCCGGCGAACGGGGCUCGAGGGGGCCUUGUAGCCGGGAAUGCUGCUGCUGCUGCUGCUGCUGGUGGGGGAUCGCAGACCACUUCUUUCGGCCAGGCUGAGGCCCUGACGUGGAUGGGCAAACGACAGGCCUGCGAAGGCAGCAAGCCGGGUCGUCCGUGUUCCACUUUCCACGAACCCCCACCUACCGUCGGUUCGCAAACUGCAAAUCCUCCCUUGUGCAUGACGCCCUGCUCUCUGGGGAGCGUCUGGCGCGACCUCUGCCCGCUUACUCGGGAAAUUUGCUUUUGCCAAACCCGCUUAUUCGGGGAUCCCGCGCCCCCCUCCUCACGUGCGCUGCUCUCGGAGCCCGAGCCGGCUCUGACUGCUUCGGCGGUUUGGAUAUUUAUUGACCUCGUCCUCCGACUCGCUGACAGGCUGCAGGACCCCGAACACCCCAAUCCACGUUUUGGAUGCACUGAGACCCCGAUAUUCCUCGGUAUUUAUUGUCUGUCCCCACCUAGGACCCCACCCCCGACCCUCGCGAAUAAAAGGCCCUCCAUCUGCCCAAA